AUAAUAAUGUUGUAGAAAAAAAAAGUAUUAUUCGCCGGCGACACUCUCUACUGUAAUUGGACCGUUUUAGAAAAACCUGGUUAACCAAAAUUUGUAAGGGUUUUGCUACAGUAACCAGAAACGCCUCCUAAAGUCCCAAACCCUUUACCGACGAUCUCUCGCGGUUCUGGGUUCUCUCUUCACAAAUGAAUUCAAUUCAACGUAUCUCGUUGACAACGCGGCGUGGAAAAAGGCUAAGCACCACCAUCGAGUCAUGUGUACGCCAUUUCUCCGGAGGACAACAUGGCGUAAUAAAGGACGAAGGAGACUGGUUUCACUCCCCGGAAUGGUGGGAUCCUCACGACGGCGGCCACACGGUUUCACGAGCUGUAUCUGUUAAAGGAAACGGCGUCGUUUCAGUCGUCGCUCACCCUUCUUCUCUCCCUAGUAGAGAUUCAUGGGGAGAAACUGAGAGAUGGUUAGAGAAAAGGUAUAUGGAGAUAAUGCCUAGAGAUGGUGAAGAGGAGAAGAAUGGGAUGUUUAAGGUACUUGGCUAUCAAUGGCGUUCGCUUCGCUUUAACGAUGAUACUCGACAAAGCACUGUGAAAGUUAUGGCUGCUUGUAGAGCAUUGCAACCGAGUUCUGUUUUCUAUAUGCAACAACCACAUUGUCUUGCUGUUCCAUAUCUGAAGAGCAUGGUUUCAGUUGGAUUGACUUCCCUUGCAGCUUCUAAAUUUGAUAUGAGGAGUGUAGCUAUUGGGACGAAACAAAUGCGCAUAUUAUGCAUCGGUCACGGUGGAGGCAGUUUGCCGUUGUUUUUAGCUAAACACAUUCUUGGUGCUGUUGUUGACAUAGUUGAGCUCGACCCACUUGUUAUCUCAGAGUCGGUUCGAGCAAUGGGGUUCCCUGCAUUCUCCGUCAUGACAGCAACCGGGAAACGUUCAAUACCAACUCCUGACAUUAUUGACCAAGUGAUGUGGCGAGGCAUCCAUGAGAGACUCUUCCUCUACGAGUCAAAAGCUGAGGAGUUCAUUCUGAGGAACCAAAGUAAUACUUAUGACAUGGUCUUCAUGGAUGCUUAUGAUGGAGCAGACAUCUUCCCUCAUAGUCUGUGGGAUUCCAGUUCCGUGUUCAUGAAAGCUCUGAGCAAAGUACUUCACCAUGAGCAUGGAACUAUGGUGGUGAAUCUUCACNUAUUAACCAGAAACGCCUCCUAA